GUGCCCCUUCGUGCGCGCGCCGCCGGCGGUCGUGUGGGCUUCCCUGUGGCCACUGCACUCCCGCCUUUUCCAGGGGUUCGGCCUGAGGGGGAGCGCCCUGCUCUGCUGCCUCCUGCCGCCUCUGGGCCGAGGUGCCUCCCGAGGGCUUCUGACGAGACAGGGGGGUGAGCGUGGGGCUGCUGGAGGGGGGGGCCUGCCUGCAGCGGCCCAGCCUGCGGCGGCCCAGCCCACCUUGCCUCACGCCUUGGCAGCCGCCCGUGAAGCGAUUGCCCCGUGGUGCUAACGCUGGGUGCUUGAUUAUUGCUGCCGUUUGUAAGCUAGGCUCCCCUAAAGAAAAGAGAGUGACAAAACUGGGGCAAACAACUGAAAAUGUCGUCCUAUUUGGCUCAGGAGGUUCACCUUGCUAGAAGACAUGAAGAGAUACUGUCUCAGAGAUCAGAGCUGCUACAGCAGAUGGAGACUUAUCUAGGAGACAAAAAGACUAAAAAGACAUGGCAAACUCAAGCAGCUGAUGCAGCUCAUAAAAGGAAUGCAGCACUUUUAAAUGAUAUAGAAGCAGCAGGAAAAAAGCUGCAAGAAAGAGUGUAUUUACUUCCACAUCCUGAUACUGUUAAGUUAGAAACUCUCUAUUGGGCAUCAAUAAAAGAAUCUCUUCCUAAGUGGGAACAGUUUCUUCUAGGAAGAGCAGAAGUUCCUAUUGGUUUUAAGAAAACGAAAACUACAAAAAAGAACAUAAGCUACCCAGAUGAUGAUGCACAAAAAUAAACACUCUAGUUUAAUUUUGUUUUGUAAUUUAUGGCUUAAGCAGACAAGAACAUCCAGAUCAGGCAACAGAAUAUCAUGCCAUUAAAACGUAAUGUAAAUAAUUUGAAUGAAAAUUAACUAUAUUGGAUAAUUUGCUUCCAUUGUUGUAUUGUGUACGAUUCUAUAUUUUUAUUCUGUAGUAGAGAAGCAAUCCUCAAAGGGGCUUUUAGGAUCAAAAGUGAGAAACACUGGUAUAUAGAAACCUACUGAGGCAAUUGCUUUUUCAGUAUGAGAAGAGUUUUAUGUUAUUUUUAAUUCUCUGCUUCUACAUAUAAGUGCAUUAAGUAAAGACAGAUUCAUACAUUAUCUUUCUUCACUGCAGUCAUCUGUGAGGUAUGUCUCUUUGUGGAUGAGGAGAAAGGAGGAAUUUACUGUUAACAGGAAAGGCAAGCUGUUUGCAUCAGAGUAACCUUGGUUUAGCACCAGGAAUCUGUAAAAACCUUCAUGAGGGCAGUUGGAACACCUUGAAUUUCUGCAUCUUGCUUUCCCUGAUUUUUGUCAUUGCCACUUUCAUUGCUUCUGCACCUCACCCCAGUAACCACUCCUGCUUUUUCCAACCUCCUGCUGCCUACUUUGCAUUUCCUGUCUGAUGGGUGAGUAAAGACAAGAAAACCUAAACAAAUCUCUAGGGUUCUUUUGCUACUUCUAGGCUGCUCUUAAUGCUGUUUUCUUUAUGUUGAUGUAAUCUACAAGUGAGAACUUUUGCUUAGGCGUGAAAAGUUUGAAAGAAGCAAACUGAGAGGUAGCUGGCAGUGGCUGUCCAAGAACCAAGCAUAUAUAGAAGUUGAGGAGAUAAUAUUUUCAUUUUCAGCCAUUGAACAGCUCCUUAGCUUCUUCCUACAGAGGUGCAGCAUCAGUGAGCUUUGAUUGUACGUUGGGCUAACUCGGUAUGGAAAUUUCACUGCUUUGUGCGGUGCUUUUUAAAGUAUCAGUUCAGUGGAAGAUCCUUCCAGGUGUGUGACUCAGCCUGCAGAAAUUUCAUCCUUCCUAAGCAAAGGAAGCCUAAGGGGAAUUUUUUUUUUUUAAAUUAAAUUAAGAACCUGGACCUGAGUCAAUAUAUUGUUAAAAUUUGAUCUCAUAUUCAACAACAUACUUCCACCUCCAACCUGGAAGUAGGAGCAAAAAAAAAUUACCUCUGCCAGUGUUUGAGGAUAUGACAAUGUAAUUAUUACAAAUUUUGCUAGGCUGCUAGUGAACUGAUCUAUGCAUCUCCAUGCUACAUAGAGAUACACAUUUUUUUAAUAGUAGGGAUGUUUUAAUGACUUUUCUUGAAACUGAGGUGCUUUUUAGCAACAUUUCUCGUAGAUGUCCUGACUGCUUUGGACCUGUACACUAUAAGCAAGCUUGUGUUCAUUUAAAGCUGGGGUUAAUUAAACAUAGUUAAGUCAUUCACUGAUUAGCUGUUGGUGGGGAGUUUAUGGUCCAGUCAGAACUAGAGAAUUAACUUCUAGCUGCAAAAUAGAGGAAGUCUGGGUAGUCUUUAAGGACCAACAUCUGCAGACACUGUUCUCCGUGAAAUUAGUCACAAUUUUGUCUGAAUUUAGAUUAGCUGAAGAAUCACUGACACAAUAAAAUCAAAACUUCAGCUGCAAUAUAAAAUUGUUGUAUGUUUUCAACAGGAAUAUUAAGAGUUCAUUUAAAACUUUUUCUAUUGAAGUGUCCAUUAAACUGAUAAGUUUUUACAGAAACUGCCAUCUUAGAAAUAUCCUGUUGAGUGGGUGUUGGUGUUUGUAACAAUAACGUUGUUUUCAUAAUAUGUGAUGGCAGAUUAGCACGCUUCUCUGCAGUGUUGUUAACAGUUGUAAUUAAGGAAUAAACAGUAAAGGGUGUCAGUCCGAUGACAAUUUCAUCUAUAGUGUCACAAUACAAAAUGUCACAAAAUAUUAGAACUGUUAUAUAACUACAAAAA